AUGGAAGACGACUCUAUAAAACUCCAAGCAGUACGCGCUGUCAGCAAGGACAACCUCGACGCCCCUCCCUCCUCAGCACCAGGAGCCAUUGUCCACCUCGAGACCUAUGAGGACCCGAAUACCAAAAAGCCAUUCAUCCUCUGGGGCGAUAUCGAGCAAGCCUUCGAGAAUGUCAUCCAUGUCCGCUUCAAGUCCAGAAUUGUCCCCUACCUCAAAGGGUCCGACUUUAUGCCAAUUGCUGCGUUCCCAGAUGCGGUCUUGGAUGUCGUGGUGAGAGACCCUGUACCCAGCCCAGGAGCCGCCACAGGAACCGCCACAUUAAGGAGCCUAGUGCAGGAAACACCGCCAGUUAUACCUCAAAAGAAGGAAGAGCCAGCGACUCCAACCAACACCGCCGCCAACACCGUGAGACGAAACCCACAGUACGGUCUUGUUGAAGCGGCACUGGAGAACUACAACCACAUGGAGGACCCAGCAAAGGGACCAAAGCUUCGCGGACCACAGGAGAUUCCCGACGAAACGCUGCCGCCCUCCAGCAUCAAGCCCAACACGCCAAACUCUCUUGCGCGUGCGCCUCAGGACUCUGCUGGAAACAAUGAUAUCACCGAGACGAUGAUGAAUGCACGACUUGGAGUCACCCAAGCCCAGGUCGCCCUCGCAGACUUGUAUAGACUCGGUCAGGGUGUCCACCAGAGCUACCAGGAGGCCAUGUACUGGUAUAUGAAGGCGGCCGAACAAGGAGACCCGGUUGGCCAGCGCAGAGUCGGUGCUCUUCACGACCAUGGCCUCGGUGUUCUACGGGACUCGCAAACGGCACUUACCUGGUUCCUCAGGGCCGCCGAACAGGGUGACGCACCGUCUCAACGCAACAUUGGCGUGCUAUACCACAGCGGUAAUGGCGUCCCCAAAGAUUACCCUCAAGCCAUGGAGUGGUACAGCAAGGCGGCCGAGCAAGGAGAUGCUGCCGCUCAGUAUGCCCUCGGUCUGAUGUAUCAAUGUGGCCAAGGUGUCUCACCUAACAUCUCGCGAGCUCUAGUUUGGUACGACAAGGCCGCCAAGCAGGGACAUGGUCAGGCUCAGUGCAACCUUGGCUUCUUGUACGGCAAUGGGGAAGGAGUCACUCAGGACUACGUCACCGCCCUCGACUGGUACCUCAAAGCAGCGAGUCAAAACCACGUUGUUGCCUUUUAUAACAUUGCUCGUUAUUACUACCGCGGACGUUGCUCUUUGCAGCAGAGCACUAUGGCGACAGAGGGGCUCAAGAGGGCUGCCAGUAAGGGCGAUCCUGAUGCUGCUCGGUAUCUUCAGGAAUUGGAUCGUCUUGUCCAGGCUGAACAAUGA